GGUCCGACCGGAAACCCAAUUUUUUCCGGGGACUUUCAAGCCAGCGUGUGAAUUUAUAAAGAGUUCAACAUUAUGAUCUAAACAAUCUGAUAAACGUUGUUCGUGUUAUGAGCUUCAUUUUGAACACAAAAGAGAGUAACCGCUCGAUAAUUUCGGAGAAUGGAGAAGGAGAGGCGACACAGACGGCCGGACUCCCCCCCUCCAGUGCGGGAAACAAAGAUGAAGAUUAAGCAGGAGAAAGUGAGCCCCACCAGGCCGCGCAGGUCCCGCCGCUCGAGUUCGGGGUCUAACCGGAGCAGCCCCAGCCCUCCGCCCCAGAGGAGACGAGCAGACAGGUCGCCGGCGAGAAGAAGGGACAGAUCGCCAGGAAGACGGGACAGCAGGUCGCCCAGAAACAGGAGAAGCCGAAGCCCGCACCGGGGCAGCGACGUCAAAAUAAAGCGGGAGCGGGAUGAUCACCGUGGCGAUGAGGAGCGCCGGCGGCGUGACUGGUCGCAUGAGCAUGAGAGGUCACGGGAGCGCGAUCGUGAGAGGGAGCGUCACCGCGAGCGAGGCGGCGCGGGGGGGAGAGAGCGCAGCGGGGACCGGCAGCGGGACAGGGACACACAGACCCUCCAGCAGCAGCAGGCGGAGCGCGAGCGGCAGGACGAGCGCCGCCGGGAGAACCGCCGCCGCCAGGAGGCCGACGCCCAGACCGCCGACGCCCCUGCCUUCGGCGAGGACCCCGAGCCCCAAAACGGCACCCCGCCCGCCGAGAAGGAGAAGCCCAACUUCGAGCUGUCGGGGGCGCUGGUGGAAGAUACCAACACUUUCCGGGGGGUGGUGAUCAAGUACAACGAGCCCCCUGAGGCACGCAUCCCCAAGCGGAGGUGGCGGCUCUACCCCUUUAAGAACGACGAGCCCCUGCCCGUCAUGUACAUCCACCGCCAGAGUGCCUACCUGCUGGGCCGCCAGCGGAGGAUCGCGGACAUCCCCAUCGACCACCCCUCCUGCUCCAAACAGCACGCCGUGUUCCAGUACAGGCUGGUGGAGUUCACGCGUGCGGACGGCACCACCGGCCGCCGGGUGAAGCCCUACAUCAUCGACCUGGGCUCCGGCAACGGCACCUACCUGAACAACCAGCGCAUCGAGCCGCAGCGCUACUACGAGCUGAAGGAGAAGGACGUGCUCAAGUUCGGCUUCAGCAGCCGUGAGUACGUGCUGCUGCACGAGUUCUCCGACACCACCGAGGUGGACGCCAAGCAGGAGGAGGACGACGAGGGCCUGGACGAAUGAGCGGCCCCCUGCGCGAUGCAGGGAGUCCUGGGAAACGGAGUCUCUAACUCACAAAGGACCGGCUCUCCCGGAGCCACACAAACUCACACUGAGAUGGGUUAAACAGCGUUCAUGGUUGGCGGAACAAAUGGUGCACACAGGUGGCAGGAAACACCUCUGUUUGUUUAUGGUGUCUGCAAAAAGGACAUCUGACUUUCUAUUCUCAGGUCAUUUGUAUUAGUGCAGUUUUGCGGUCAGUCUCGGUUUGUUAGCAUCCUGUACCAAGCAGUGCAUACCCCAUCAGCCCGAAGCUAAGCGCUCAGAAUCGCUAAUGGUUAUCCCAGCAGAAUAUAUAAAUAUAUAUUUUUUCAACAGAACACUUGAAUACAAAUAAUAUCUCUGAAGUGAUGUCCAAAUCGGUUUGUGUAAAUACACUGGAGAUAUUGAAUAUGAGCCCUGGGUGUUUUUGAUACAUGCUAAAGUAUGAGCAUAGUUCAGGCGCAGAGAUGGAAAAACUCUUGGAUGCUUUUUAACAUGCAUUGCUUUUCUAUCUGUAGACCUGUGAGUUUAAUCUCCACUUGCUUUAUAUGGCAGCGUACACAAACAGAAGCACGCAUACUUCUUUUCGCCAUUGUGCAGUAUGUGUUGAGGUAGUUGUACAAAUAUUUGCAUUACUUAAACUUUCAUGGAAAACAAAUUAUGCUGCCCUGCAAAUUUCUAUGCUUUAUCCUUUACAUUUUUUUCUAUUUCUAGUUUUG